AUGGCCACUCAGACAGUCAGAACCUCUGUGCUUCAUGGCGCAAAGGAUCUCAAAGUAGAAGAACGUACUCUACCACCUCUCGCCCCAACCGACGUCCUCGUCGCCGUCAAGUCGACCGGCCUCUGCGGCUCCGACCUACACUACUUCUCCCACUACCGCAACGGCGACAUCCUCGUGCGCGAGCCCUUAACCCUAGGCCAUGAGUCCGCCGGCGUCGUCCAGGCCGUCGGCGCAGAGGUCACCCACCUCGCCCCCGGCGACAAGGUCGCCCUCGAGGUCGGCCUGCCCUGCGAAAAGUGCCACCUCUGCACCUCGGGCCGCUACAACAUCUGCCGCAACAUGCGCUUCCGCUCCAGCGCAAAGUCCUUCCCCCACGCCCAGGGCACCCUGCAAGAAGUCAUCACCCACCCGGCCCGUCUCGCCCACCGCCUGCCCGACGGCGUGUCCCUCGAGCACGGCGCCCUCGUCGAGCCCCUCUCCGUGGCCCUGCACGCAGGCGACCGCGCCGCCCUGCCUAAAGGUGCCUCCGUGCUGAUCCUGGGCGCCGGCGCCGUGGGCUUGCUGUGCUGCGCCGUCUCCAAGGUCCUCGGCGCCGGGAAAGUCGUCGUCGCCGAUAUCAACGCCGACAGGGUCGCCUGGGCCCAGGAGAGGGGGUUUGCCGAUGCUGGCGUCGUCGUGCCUAUGCGCAGGCCCGAGGGUAUCGAGGCCAAGCUUGACUUUGCAAAGGAGGUGGCUGCGCUGGUCGCCGGUGCGACGACCGCCGGUGGGGACGAGAUUGGCGAGGUGGAUGCUACCUUUGAGUGUACUGGUGUGGAGAGCUGUCUGCAGGCUGCCAUUUACUCUACACAACCAGGCGGCAAGAUCAUGAUCAUCGGCAUGGGCAACCCGAUCCAGACGCUGCCCAUCUCAGCCGCCUCGCUCAAGGAGGUCGACCUCAUCGGCGUCUUCCGCUACGCCAACACAUACCCAAGAGUCAUCGAGCUGCUGUCGAGCAAGAACCCCCUGCUCCCACCCGUGGAGGACUUGAUCACGCACAGGUAUGACUCGCUCGACAGCAUCCCUGACGCCUUCGACAUGGCGGGUAAGGUCAAGGAUGAUAAGGGAAAUUUGGUCUUGAAAGUCAUGGUAAACAUGUAGACAAGAAUACAGAAGAUUAUAUAAACCAAAAUUACAGGGGGUGGAGCGAU